UCGAGCUAGAGCAAGAGGAGGCGGAGCUAGAGGAGUUCCUGUGUCCCGUGAAAACGCCCACUGGGCUUGUGGGCAUGGCAGCUGCCUUGCAGCCGGUCCCUGCUAUGCCCUUGGCCCUUCAGAAUAUCUCCCUCAAGCACCUGGGAACUGAAAUACAAAACACAAUGUACAACAUCCGGGUCAACAAGCAGACCCAAGGAACAGGCCACAGACCCCCAGGAGAAGAUUCUCCACUGAGCGAGGAGCCUCAGAGGGAGGAGCAGCCCUCGCCUCCUGACCUCAGCGCCCCAGGGAAAGAUCCAGUGGAUUCUCAGAAGCCUACACCCAAGUGCUCUCUGACCGCCAAUCUCAUUCAGAAAGCCAAGCGCCAGAGCAACACCUUCCCGCUCUUCACCGAAGGACUCACACGGAACCGAACCGCCCAGGAGAAAGUGCUGGCCUUGGAGCAGCAGGUUCUGAUGCUCACCAAGGAGCUAAAGGCUCAGAAGGAGCUGGUGAAGAUCCUGCACAAGGCGCUGGAGGCUGCCCAGCAGGAGAAGAGGGUGUCCAGUGCGUACCUGGCAGCAGCCGAGGACAAGGACCGGCUGGAGCUGGUGCGGCACAAAGUGCGGCAGAUCGUGGAGCUGGGCAGGCGGGUGGAGGCCCUGGAACAGGAGCGGGAGAGCCUGGUGCAGACGGCGAGCCUGUGGGAGCAGCAGGUGCAGGAGCUGCGGCAGCACGUGCAGCUGCUCAUGGACAAGAACCAGGCUAAGCAGCAGGUCAUCUGUAAACUCUCUGAGAAGGUCACGCAGGACUUCAUGCAUCCCCCCAACCAGCCCCCUGCGCUCCCAGUUGCAGCUGACAGGGGCCUCCUGAGCCAACAGGAAAAGAUGGAGCACCUGAAGGAUGACAUGGAAGCAUACCGGACCCAGAACCGCUUUCUCAACUCCGAGAUCCACCAGGUCACAAAGAUCUGGAGAAAGGUGGCUGAGAAGGAGAAGGCCCUCCUGAUGAAGGUGAGGCGCGGGAGCCCUGUUCUGGCCCUCUCUGUCCCCAGCCACCCUUCCAGUCCUCUCACCACCUCACCACUGUCUCACUCUCUCCUCAUGACCUGACUGCUCUCCCUCUGGACCGUGCCCUUCAUGAGCUGUCUUCCACAUAUCAGGGAUCUGUGCUCUGCUGACUGCCACUUCUGAUCACAGAGGUGAGGGGAAGAGGCAGGCAGCCACUGCUGUCCCACCUCCCCACGUUGCUGCAAGCCCCCACCCCCUAAAGUAACUGCCAGGGGAUUUAAAGGGCCUUUCCCCUCUUUGUAUUUCCCUUUUUCCCCUUUUGGGAGCCAGGUAUUAACUCUACAUUCCAAAACCACCACAAAUAUGGGGGAAAUUAGAAAGUGACCACGCAUGCCCAGGGAAAGGCUCAGAAAAGACCUAAGAGGAGCUUAAGUUUAUACCUCAGGCUGGUCCUGGGCACAGAGACAGCCUACAACAGUCAAAACCAAAAACCAAAACAGCAAACCCUAGGUAAGAAGGAGUAUCUGAUUUCCAGAGUUAGCACUGGCAUUUUUAAUAAUAUAAUAGCUAGUUAUUUUACCAGCAAAAGUGGGUUUAUUUGGGACUAACCAGAGGAAUUACAAUUUGGGAUACUUGAACUAUGGUGAACCACAGGCAGAUUCAGGGAA